AUGAUCCACUGUGCAGGUAGACCCCGCCAAUUAUCUCUUCUAGAAACCUUCCCAAUAAAGCCAAACACGCGUAAUUAUCAAUUUCACCGUCCAUUUUUUGUCUCCUCCAAAUCCCAACAUCACAUCUCAUUACUCCAUCUCCAUCUUCACUGCAAGAACUUCAAUCAAACAAUGGAUUCAGUGUCAUCAUCCGAAAUUGAAUAUGAGGUACCAAUGUUUUUUCGGGUCUACAAAGAUGGUCGUAUCGAAAAGUUCAGAAAACAUGACUUUGUCCCUCCUUCCGACAAUCCAGUCACAGGUGUUCGAUCCAAAGAUGUCGUUAUCGUACCGGAAAACAACGUAAUUGUACGCCUUUACCUUCCUAAAAUCACCCAAAACGACCAGAAAUUUCCACUACUUGUGUACUUUCAUGGAGGUGGAUUUGCGAUUGAAUCAGCGUUUUCGACUUACUAUGAUAGUUAUCUUCACUCAGUAGCUGCAGAAACCAAUGUACUUGCCGUGUCGGUUGAGUAUAGAUUAGCCCCAGAACACAAAAUUCCUGCGUGUUAUGAUGAUUCUUGGGCUGUUAUGAAAUGGGUCUCUCAGCAUGCCAAUGGCGAAAAAGGAACUGAACCAUGGCUGAAAAGUCAUGCUGAUUUCUCCAGA